GGAAAUAAGAAAUAUUUCAAACGCAGUGAGUUAGCUAAAAAAGAAGAGGAGGCCUACUUUCAGAGAUGUGGCUACAAGCCUGUAAAUGAGAAGCCACCUGGAGAGGUACAGGAGCAAGAAGAGGAGGAGAAACCACUGACUUCAUCAAAUCCAGUGCUGGAGCUUGAACUGGCAGAAGAGAAGUUGCCAAUGACCCUUUCUAGACAGGAGGUUAUCAGGAGGUUACGAGAGAGAGGUGAGCCAAUCAGACUGUUUGGAGAAACAGAUUAUGAUGCCUUUCAACGUCUGAGGAAGAUAGAAAUUCUUGCACCUGAAGUGAACAAGGGUCUGAGAAAUGACCUGAAGGCUGCUUUGGAUAAGAUUGACCAGCAGUACCUGAAUGAAAUUGUAGGCGGCCAAGAAGCAGGAGAUGAUGACUCACAGAAUGACUUGAAAGUCCAUGAAGAGAAUACUACUAUUGAAGAACUGGAGGCUUUGGGAGAAUCCUUAGGACGGGGUGAUGAUCACUAUGAUAUGGACAUCAUAACGAAGUUCUUGAAGUUUCUUCUUGGAGUUUGGGCUAAGGAGCUGAAUGCCAGAGAAGACUACGUGAAACGGGGAGUACAGGGAAAGCUGAACAGCGCUACUCAAAAGCAGACAGAAUCGUACCUCAGGCCACUCUUCAGAAAACUUCGGAAAAGGACACUUCCUGCAGACAUCAAAGAAUCGAUAACAGAUAUUAUUAAAUUCAUGUUGCAAAGAGAAUAUGUGAAGGCGAACGAUGCCUACCUUCAGAUGGCUAUUGGAAAUGCUCCCUGGCCUAUUGGCGUCACUAUGGUUGGCAUCCAUGCUCGAACAGGUCGUGAAAAGAUUUUCUCCAAGCACGUAGCCCAUGUUCUCAAUGAUGAAACUCAGAGGAAAUAUAUACAGGGGCUGAAGAGGCUCAUGACCAUUUGCCAGAAGCACUUCCCAACAGACCCAUCGAAAUGCGUGGAGUACAAUGCGUUAUGAGGCUCCGUGGUGUCCAAGGCGUGACUCAAAUUUUGAUCUCCAAGAGCCAGAGAGGAGUGAAGAGAUGGAGUUUGUGCUUUAACACCAACAGGAACCUAGGGUGGGCUUUGUGAAAAAGCAAAAAGCAGCAGAUUUUCUCCACCUUCCUUUUUAUAAGCCCCAUUUAUGCAGAUUUCUUUUUAAAUCUAUGCUUUACGCUGAACACAUCCAAUAUACAGUGGGAGGCGGGGAGGGGGUUGAAGG